AGUAAAGUGCUGUACAGGGAAGGAUGUAGCUGCUUACGUCGGUGUUGAAAGUGCCUUUUUCUUAAACGCUUCUCGUUCACGUAACAGUGCUGGAUCCAUUUUUGUAUAAUUCAAAUAAUCAUAUACAAGAUAAAAUGAGGUCCCGUAGUUUAUUUACGUUGAUAAGCAGUAUCCUGGUACUAUUACAAUGUGUAUCAGCAAGUGAUUCACCGUGGAGCUGGUCUUGCGACGAUGGGAAAUGUCAGAAAAUCCGCUUCGAUGCGAAAAGCACAGAGCCGGCGUUAAGCUUGGAGGCCUGCAAGAUGUUCUGUAAUGAGUAUGGUUUACUUUGGCCAAAGCCCACCGGUGAUGUGGACCUGGGCAAUUAUCUUUCCAAGAUCAAUAUGAAAAAUAUUGAAGUCAAAAUCAUCAGCCACGGCAAAACCGAUGAUCUGAUGGAGGCUGCAGCUCAGCGGUUUAAGGAAAUGGUUGCGUUGGUUAUACCGAAAGGGGCGACACCAAAAAUGACGGGCAAGUCCUUGGAUGUGAAUCUCGUGAAUGCCAAUCCUGAUUCGAGGGAAUUUUCACUGGAUAUGGACGAAAGCUAUGCCCUAUACGUGGCUCCCAAGACUUCCGGGGCUGAGAAUGUGGCGGACCUGAAUGCGACAAUCACCGCCAAUACUUUCUUCGGGUUGCGUCACGGAUUAGAGACAUUGUCACAGAUCUUUGUAUAUGACGAAAUUCGAGACCAUCUUUUGAUGGUGCGAGAUGUGAAGGUGACUGAUAAGCCUGUAUACCCAUACAGAGGACUGCUGCUGGAUACAGCUAGGAACUUCUAUACAGUCGAAUCUAUAAAAAACACUAUUGAUGCAAUGGCGUCUGUCAAGUUGAACACCUUCCACUGGCAUAUCACUGACAGUCAGAGUUUCCCGUUCGAGUCCAGUAGGAGACCACAACUGACCAAACUGGGGAAACUUGGUGCAAACAAGGUGUAUACUAAAGAGGCGAUCAGGGACGUGGUAAGGUUUGGUUUGGAGCGCGGCGUGCGCGUGCUGCCGGAGUUCGAUGCGCCGGCGCACGUUGGCGAGGGCUGGCAGGACACCGACCUCACCGUCUGCUUCAAGGCUGAACCUUGGCAAAAAAUUUGCGUGGAGCCUCCUUGCGGUCAGCUGAACCCAGCGAAAGAUGAGUUAUAUGAUUACUUGCAAGACAUAUACACCGAUAUGGCCGAGGUAUUUGAAACAACCGACAUGUUCCACAUGGGCGGAGACGAAGUGAGUGAGAAGUGCUGGAACUCUUCAGAGUCAAUCCAAAAUUUUAUGGUGCAGAACCGCUGGGACCUGAGCUCUGAGAGUUUCCUUAAGCUUUGGAAAUAUUUCCAGAAGAAGGCAGAGGCUAAAGCUUAUAAGGCGUUCGGAAAGAAGCUCCCUCUUAUACUUUGGACAAGUACUUUGACUAAUUACAAGCACAUUGACCAGUACUUAGACAAGGAUGAUUACAUUAUUCAAGUAUGGACUACUGGUCUAGAUCCUCAGAUUCAAGGCCUACUUGGAAAAGGUUACCGUCUCAUAAUAUCCAAUUAUGAUGCUCUAUACUUCGAUUGUGGUUUUGGCGCUUGGGUGGGCAGUGGCAAUAAUUGGUGUUCUCCAUUCAUUGGAUGGCAGAAGGUUUAUGACAAUAGUCCAGCUGUUAUGGCUUUGCAGUACAAAGAUCAAAUUCUUGGCGGCGAGGCGGCCCUGUGGUCGGAGCAGUCGGACUCGUGGACGCUGGACACGCGCAUGUGGCCGCGCGCCGCCGCGCUGGCCGAGCGGCUGUGGGCCGAGCCCGCCACCACGUGGCACGACGCCGAGUACAGGAUGCUGCACGUCAGGGAACGUUUGGUGCGAAUGGGAAUCCAGGCUGAUUCAAUCCAACCAGAGUGGUGCUACCAGAACGAGGGCUACUGCUACCGUUGAUUCGUAGUUUUCAUAAAAAAUUGUUUUGGCUUUGAUAAUACUCAGAUAUGUAAAGACUUCUAUGCAAUAUGAGCUGUUCAGAAUUCAGUGUGCCGUCUGCAAUGUUUCUAAAAUGUUGAUUGGUACACCUAUCACUUUAAUCUUGGGAUAAGUGCUCAUAGCAUUAGUAAAUGAAAGAGUUACUUCGUGUGUUAUUAUAACUAUAGAACUAUUAUUAUUAGAGUAGGGAAGACAUACGGCUUUCUUGAGUGGAAAUGUAACGCUGUUAAUAAGAGGGGGAAGAUCGAAGUAAUCCAUUAGUUUCUCUUCACAAGCAUAUCUUCUCUCUCUCAUUAGUCUGGUAACGUCUCGUGUCUAGUUACAUGCUCUAGUACAAAAGCUCAUUGAUUAUAACCCAGAUAGCAUGUUUUUCAGUACUGUACAGCUUACUAUAGGUAAUAGAAGUCUUUGCAUAAUAGACGCCAAAUAUAUAAUACAAUUAAAGGCUCUAAAACACGUGCCUCAAACUCUUUUGCACUUAUGCAAUUAAUUUACGAAUCACUGUGAUUGUAUAGAUAUAAUUAAUAUGUAUUUGUUCUUUACAUGUGGUCUUUAUAGAGUCAAUUAACAUAAUAUUGUGAUCUUUUAUAUACUAUCAUUGACGUAUUAUGAAUAAAGUAUUAGAUUUAUAUUCA